UAAAUUUCCGGCCAAGUGGCGCCUAGCGCCCGUCUACGCACCGAAGGAAUCUCGCCGGAAAUAAUUAUUUGAUGCCGAGAAACCACCGUGCUUACGAAAUUGGAAAUUCCGCCCACCGGAAUACCAUUUUUUACUAAAAAACCUUUAUUCAUAAAAAAGUAGGAAAAUUAAAUUGAAAUGCUACCCCCAUUAUUUAAAGCAGUAUGUUGGGAUAAAUUAUCUUCGCAAUUAUUCUUUCCGACUUUUCUGUUUUCUCUGCCACUCUCAUAUUCCAGAAAGAGAGGAAGAGGAAGUAGGGGGUGCGAAGUUAGGGCAAUGCCUGUUUCUUCUGCUGUUGUAUCUGCUGAAGAAAAUGGUUCUCUUCGUUCUUUCAAACUAACAGAAUCGACAUUCUUAGCUUCACUGAUGCCGAAGAAGGAGACCGGGGCCGACCGAUUUGUCGAAGCUCAUCCUGAAUACGAUGGGCGAGGCGUUGUUAUUGCGAUUUUCGAUUCUGGUGUAGACCCAGCUGCUGCUGGAUUACAAGUUACCUCAGAUGGGAAGCCAAAAAUCAUAGAUGUCCUUGAUUGCACAGGAAGUGGAGAUAUUGACACCUCAAAAGUGGUAAAAGCUGAUGCAAAUGGUUGUAUCAUUGGAGCUUCAGGAGCACAAUUGAUUGUAAAUCCAUCAUGGAAAAAUCCUUCUGGGGAGUGGCAUGUGGGUUAUAAAUUGGUGUAUGAUCUCUUCACAGACACUUUGACUUCCCGUGUAAAGAAAGAGAGGAAGAAAAAGUGGGAUGAGAAAAAUCAGGAAGCAAUUGCUGAGGCUGUAAAGCAGCUUGAUGAAUUUGACCAGAAACAUACAAAGGUGGAGGACAACAACUUAAAAAAGGUUCGCGAGGAUCUUCAAAAUAGAGUUGAUAUUCUUCAGAAACAAGGCAAUAGUUAUGAUGAUCGGGGGCCUGUUAUAGAUGCUGUUGUGUGGCAUGAUGGUAAUGUGUGGAGGGUUGCUCUUGACACACAGAGCCUUGUGGAUGACUCAGAACACGGGAAACUGGCUGAUUUCGUUCCCCUAACAAACUAUAGGACUGAAAGGAAGUAUGGCAUAUUCAGCAAGCUAGAUGCUUGCACCUUUGUCACCAAUGUAUAUGAUGAAGGGAACAUUUUAAGCAUUGUAACAGAUUCCUCUCCCCAUGGAACUCAUGUUGCUGGUAUUGCUACAGCUUUCCAUCCAAAGGAACCUUUGCUAAAUGGAGUAGCACCUGGAGCACAAAUAGUAUCAUGUAAAAUUGGAGAUUCACGCUUAGGUUCAAUGGAAACUGGAACUGGUCUAACACGGGCACUUAUAGCUGCGGUAGAGCACAAAUGUGAUCUCAUCAAUAUGAGUUAUGGAGAGCCUACACUACUUCCAGAUUAUGGGCGUUUUGUUGAUCUUCUAAAUGAAGUGGUAAAUAAACACCGCCUUGUAUUUAUCAGCAGUGCUGGCAACAGUGGUCCUGCAUUGAGCACCGUGGGUGCACCUGGUGGCACCAGUUCAAGUAUAAUAGGAGUAGGUGCAUAUGUGUCUCCUGCCAUGGCUGCUGGAGCUCAUUGUGUGGUUGAAGCCCCUGGUGAAGGACUUGAAUAUACUUGGUCUAGCCGAGGUCCGACUGUUGAUGGAGAUCUCGGUGUCUGUGUAAGUGCCCCUGGUGGGGCAGUUGCACCUGUCCCCACAUGGACUCUCCAACGACGUAUGCUUAUGAAUGGGACGUCAAUGGCAUCUCCAUCUGCUUGUGGAGGAGUUGCUUUACUCAUUAGUGCAAUGAAGACCGAAGGUAUUCCUGUAAGUCCAUACAGCGUAAGGAAGGCACUUGAAAAUACCUCGGUUUCUGUAGGUGGUCUGCCAGAAGAUAAAUUAUCUACUGGACAUGGGCUUAUGCAAGUUGACAAAGCACUUGAAUAUAUUAAACAAUGUAGGCAUCUACCCUGUGUUUGUUAUCGGAUAAAGAUUAACCAAACCGGGAAAUCAACCCCAACGUCACGAGGCAUUUACCUAAGGGAUGCUAGUACUUGCCAACAAACUACUGAGUGGACUGUGGAAAUUAAGCCGGAGUUCCAUGAUGAUGCAAGUAACUUAGAACAAUUGGUUCCUUUUGAGGAAUGUAUAGCAUUGCAUAGUAGUGAAAAUACAGUUGUUCGGACUCCUGAGUAUCUGCUGCUUACACAUAAUGGCCGUACCUUCAAUGUGGUGGUGGAUCCUUCCUCACUUGGUGAAGGGCUUCACUAUUAUGAACUCUAUGGAAUUGAUUGCAAAGCACCAUGGCGUGGUCCUCUAUUCAGGGUGCCAAUCACGAUAACAAAGCCCGCCAUUUUAAAAGCUCAGUCUCCACUGAUUUCAUUCUCAGGGAUGCCAUUUUUACCAGGUCAUAUUGAAAGGAGAUUUAUCGAGGUACCACCUGGUGCCAGUUGGGCUGAGGCAACUAUGCGAACAUCGGGGUUUGAUACUGCUAGAAGAUUUUUUGUUGAUGCUGUUCAGAUAUCUCCUUUGAAGAGGCCUAUUAAGUGGGAGAGCGUUGUAACGUUCUCGUCUCCUUCUUCCAAAAGUUUCACCUUUCCUGUGAAAGGUGGUCAGACAAUGGAAUUAGCCAUUGCUCAGUUUUGGUCAAGUGGCAUAGGAAGUCAUGAAACCACUACUGUAGAUUUUCAGGUUGGAUUUCAUGGGAUUGAUGUCAACACAGAGGAAAUAGUACUUGAUGGAUCUGAAGCGCCAAUAAGAAUUGAAGCCAAGGCUCCCUUAUCAUCUGAGAAACUUGUUCCAGCUGCCACUUUAAACAAGAUAAGAGUUCCUUAUCGACCUACUGAGGUUAAACUUAGUACCCUUCCUACAAACCGUGACAAGUUACCUUCUGGCAAACAGAUUCUUGCAUUAACAUUAACUUACAAGUUCAAAUUGGAGGAUGGAGCUGAGAUAAAGCCUCAAGUUCCAUUACUUAACAAUCGUAUAUAUGAUACAAAAUUUGAGUCCCAGUUUUAUAUGAUUUCAGAUUCAAACAAGCGUGUAUAUGCAAUGGGGGAUGUCUAUCCAAAUUCCACAAAACUUCCCAAAGGCGAAUAUACCCUACAACUUUAUAUAAGGCAUGAUAAUGUACAGUACUUGGAGAAAAUGAAACAGCUGGUCUUGUUCAUUGAAAGAAACUUGGAAGAAAAGGAAAGAAUUCAGUUGAGUUUUUAUUCUCAACCUGAUGGUCCAGUGAUGGGAAAUGGCAGCUUCAAUUCCUCAGUUUUAGUUCCUGGGUCAAUUGAAGCAUUUUAUGUGGGCCCACCAACCAAAGACAAGAUCCCAAAGAACUGCCCAGCUGGAGCUGUGUUGUUUGGUGCAAUUUCGUAUGGGAAGCUGUCACUUGGAAUUAAAGAAGUGAAAAACAACCCAGAAAAAAAUCCUGUAUCAUAUCAGAUUUCUUAUGUGGUGCCGCCAAAUAAGCUUGAUGAAGACAAAGGAAAGUAUACUUCUUCAAUCUGCACAAAGAGUGUAUCUGAGCGUUUUGAAGAAGAGGUUCGCAAUGCUAAGAUAAAGUUUCUUGCAAGCCUAAAACAAGGCACUGAAGAAGAACGCAUGGAAUGGAAGGAGUUAUCUACUUCCUUGAAGUCUGAAUACCCCAAGUACACACCAUUGCUUUAUCAAAUCCUGGAGGGCUUAAUUUUGCAAAGUAGUGAUGAAGGCAAGAUUCACCACAAUGAGGAGGUUAUACAUGCAGCGAAUGAUGUAAUUAAUAGCAUUGACAAAGAUGACUUGGCAAAAUAUUUUUCAGUGAAGAGUGAUCCUGAAGAUGAUGAGGCAGAGAAAAUCAAAAAGAAGAUGGAAGCAAUACGUGACCAGUUAGCAGAUGCACUGUACCAAAAGGGAUUAGCACUUGCAGAGAUUGAAUCUUUAAAGCAUGGUGAGAAGGAAUUGAGUGGAACUACAGCAAGCACUGAAGCUUCAGACCAAGCAAGACAGGAAUCUGCACCAGACUCUGGUAAGCAGCAAGAUCUGUUUGAGGAGAAUUUCAAAGAACUAAAGAGAUGGGUGGAUGUACAGUCCUCCAAGUAUGGUAUGCUUUCAGUUGUACGUGAGAGGCGUUCUGGAAGGCUUGGAACAGCACUUAAGGUACUGAAUGAUAUUAUUAAAGAAGAUGGGGAGGCCCCAAAAAAGAAGCUCUAUGAUCUGAAGCUCUCUUUGCUCGAUGAAAUUGGAUGGAGCCAUGUGGCCUCUUAUGAGAGGCAGUGGAAUCAUGUUCGCUUCCCUCCAAGCUUGCCUCUGUUUUGAAGGGUUCUUCCCUCAGUACUACAAGAAUUUGCACAUAGGGUCGAACUGAAUUGAAUGCUUUAAUCAGUGAAAGGACUGUGGGUCAGACUUACCAUGAUUUCUAAAGGGUAUCUUCUCUCUGUUUGCAGUUAAUAAAAGAAUCAUGAUUUCUAGUGAUGAAACAUCUUACCAUACACAUGCAUUAACAUGCUCGUGUAUUGGUUUGGUGGUAUAUCUGAGGAUCUGCGGUGGCUAGAGGAUCGUUGGUUCUGUGCUUUUACAGUUGUGCUUGACUCCUUAGGAUUUAUUUAGGAAUAUUCACUUCAUUGUUUAUUUCGGAUUGGAAAAUGUGUAGUUAAAUAAAAAUAAAAUUUAUUUCAGUUGGAGGUUU